UCAUACCAUCAACCUAUGCCACAUCCAACAUACCCCCAGAAAUCAAGCCACACCAAGGAAGAUUCAGAGGAGUCUGAGAUGGAGAAUAUCAUGGGACACCAUUCUGUGAGAGAGAGGCACCUGUUUGCUUCUUGUGAGGGUGAAAGUCAUGAGAGUCCCCACACAGAGGAAACAUCCACAUUUUUGAGGCUUCCUGCAUUAUGCAGAACCCUUGGGGAGGUCGAGCCUGACCCCAAGCACAACAUUCAGACUGGAUAUGUGGAUCUGCCACCUCCCUUCAGCCCAUCACCCAUCAGCCCUUCCAGGCCCAAGAGUCCAUGGGGUCGCUUUGACCCUUAUGACUCCACUGAGGACCAGGAUAAAGAGUAUGUGGGCUUUGCAACCUUGCCAAAUCAAGUACACCGCAAAUCUGUGAAAAAGGGCUUCGACUUCACUUUAAUGGUAGCAGGUGAGUCUGGAUUGGGCAAGUCCACCCUGGUCAACAGCCUCUUCCUCACAGAUCUGUAUAAAGACAGAAAACUUCUCAAUGCUGAAGAGCGGAUCACCCAGACAGUGGAAAUCACGAAGCACACAGUGGACAUUGAGGAGAAGGGUGUCAAACUCAAGCUCACCAUCGUUGACACGCCAGGCUUUGGGGAUGCAGUUAACAACACUGAGUGCUGGAAGUCAGUAGCCGACUACAUUGACCAACAGUUUGAGCAGUACUUCAGAGACGAGAGUGGCCUGAACCGCAAAAACAUUCAGGACAACCGCGUGCACUGCUGUAUUUACUUCAUUUCACCCUUUGGUCAUGGUCUCAGGCCUUUGGAUGUGGAGUUCAUGAAAGCCCUUCAUGAAAAGGUCAACAUUGUGCCAGUUUUGGCCAAGGCAGACACUCUCACCCCCAGUGAGAUCAAGAAAAAGAAAAUUAAGAUUCGAGAGGAGAUCGAGCAAUUCGGGAUCAAAAUCUACCAGUUUCCUGAUUGUGAUUCAGAUGAGGACGAGGAGUUCAAACAGCAAGACCAGGAACUGAAGGAGAGCAUCCCAUUUGCAGUGAUCGGCAGUAACACAGUCGUUGAGGCAAAAGGAAAGAGAGUGCGGGGUCGACUUUACCCCUGGGGCAUUGUAGAAGUGGAGAACUCUGCACACUGUGAUUUCAUAAAGCUGAGGAACAUGCUGGUGCGCACACACAUGCAGGACCUGAAGGACGUGACACGGGAUGUUCACUAUGAGAACUACAGAGCUCAGUGCAUCCAAAGCAUGACACGCAUGGUGGUGAAAGAACGCAACCGCAACAAACUCACUAGAGAGAGUGGCACGGACUUCCCCAUUCCUACAGCUCCCAAUGUAACGGAUGCAGAGACAGAAAAACUGAUCCGCGAGAAAGAUGAAGAGCUGCGGCGGAUGCAGGAGAUGCUGCAGAAGAUCCAAGAGCAGAUGCACACCCAGAAGGAAGCCUAUUAACCCCUGCAUGUGCCAUUCAUGUUUGCCACGGUGCCACUUUACUGCCUGACCUUUAUGCCUGGGACCUUACCAUCUGAUGAGACCCUUUUCUGCUCAGUGAAGCUCCAAAUGUAGUGCACAAAGCAUGCUCCAUGUCUUGGUCCACUUUGUCUUCAGUUUGUGUGUGAGUCUAGUGGCUUUGAAGUUCCACUAGGUGUCAUUAAGUGCUGCAAAAAGAAAAAAACAACAACCAUGCCCUUGUUUGAGUGCACUAGCAUCAAAGCUGAUACAGACACAAAGAAUUUCACACAAAAACAAAUGUAUUGUAUUUUGUGAAACAGUUUGGCCUGCUUAUAGAGAUCAAAAAGAACAUAUUUCUCGCUUAAGAGGUUGGGGGGGGGGGCCUCUUUUUUUGUGCAGUGUACUAAAAUAACCAAAUGUAGUUGCUGUUACAGACAAAACAGUAACUGAACUAAAGAGCCAGAUGAAACAAAUGAGAAUGUUAUUGUCUGGGGAUUUCAUAUAGUUUAUGAAACAUUUUAGCUAUCUUAGAGAACAAGCAAAUAUUUGUACAUCUUUUGAUCACUUUUCCAUUUCAUUCUCAGAAAUAACAUACUAUAAACAUAAACAUACCAAACUAUACUACCAACAAGGGGACAUCUUUUGUUCUUUUAAUAUGUAUAUUUUGUCUGGGAAGGUGUGUGUGGUACAUUUUGAAUUAGUGUUUAGUGUAAAGCUAUAUUACUGGUCCCUUAAGGUCCAAUUAUUUACCCUGAAAUAAUUUUAAAAUUAUAUGCUUCAUAUUUCCAGGUGAAUGAUACAUACCACAGGUACAAAAGAUGUACCCUUAAUGGUACCACCCCAAUAAUAAGGAAAAGUACAGUUUGUUACCUUUAUUUCCAAAACAUAGACAUAAAUAAAACUGCUUGUGCAAAGUGAGCAAAAAAAUAUUUUGCAUAUAUUUUGCAAAGCUUUAUGGAAUUCCCAGAGAACAACAAACCCAGCUGUUGUGUCUGUGUUUCUUGUAACAGCAAAUACACUCGGAUUUUGUUUUAAGAAAACUUUUUUUUCUGAAUGGCUAUAUUGGUGGAAGUGAAAGCUGCAAGUGGCAUUCUUUAAGUAACUUUGUUUAUACGCCAUUAUGCAUAUAUAAUUCCCUGGAUUAGCUUGUUUUCAUAGGAUAAAAACAACAAAUUAUUUAAAUGUUUGUUUUUCUACAUUGUGGUAUUUUAUUUGUACUAUUUUGUUAAAUGAAUGCAUUCGUCGUACUGUAUGUACAUGCUUUUGUUUGUAUGGCUACAAAAGAAACAGAAGGUUUCUUUACAUAGGUCAACACUGUUUUAUUUUCUUAUGAGAGUAAUAGUAAUAAUUGAAGUACUGUAGAACAAUAUUUUUCUUAACAAAGCUGACAUAUUAUUGAUUUAUUUUUUGGAAAAGAUGUUCCAGAAAAAUUUACAUCAUUCCUUAAGUGCAGACUUUUAACUAACAAGUCAAAAGAGAAGACAGUUAGUGAUGUGCGUACAGAGGAAACUAUCAAUAUAUAACAUUGUCUUUAUCUUAAUGGUGUAAUAACAGAUGAAAUGCAGUUGCAAUACUUUUUUUUAUCACUAAACAUUGUAUUUAACAAGAUGAUGAUCAUGGGAAUGCCCAAUAAUGAAAUCAGGACAAUUAAAGUGAAAUAAUAUACAAUGUGAUGUUUUCCAAGUACAUAAAAUAAGCCUAAUGCGAAUAAAGUAAAGAUCAAUAUAGUGGCUGCUUUUUUUUUUUAUUAUUUAGGGCAUCUUUUAAUUUUAAAUCAGCUUUACAAAGUUAGGAUUAAUUUUUAAUUGGGAUGAAAUAAAAACAAAAAACCUGCUAAUUAAAUACCUUCAUGUUACUAUAUAAUCCAUUCUGGAAAUGAAUCACUUACUGGAGCUUGAAACUUCAGCCAAAUUGUAAUUAUAAUAAAAACAUUUAGCGAGAAAUGAAUUCUAAAUAAAUACAUAACUCAGCCCUUUAAUAUUAUAAUAAUGCUAAAAACAUAUUGAUUGAUACAUAUCUACGUCUUUAGAUACUGCCAUUUUUUUUUAUUAAGAAGUCCACUGUGAGAAGCAUACUUUGCAAGUGUACCUUUAAUUUGAAGGAUUAUAAGUCCAUUGUUUUGUUUUUUGUUUUUUUGUUUUGUUGUUGUUGUUUUUUUUGCAGUUCCUCCCCCUCAUUACUUUAGGAUAUUUUAAUGGGGUGUCUGAAAUAUAUCAUGGGUUAUAUUCACUCAAUUGUUUAAGACUUUGUUACAUUAGUUAUAAAAACUAGUAGAGGCAGAACGGGCAAUUUGUCUGAAGCUAUAUUAUUAAUUUAAUUAUUUAGAUUUUAGCCCCAUGAUUUUGUUACAUGUCUUCAUUCUGUUUUGAUAUAUAUAUAUAUAUAUAUAUAUAUAUAUAAUUUUAUUUUAUUUAUUUUAUUUUAUUUUUUAUUUUAGGCCUCAGCAGUUGCUCUUGUGUUAUAAAGGGAACAAUAACGUGGUUUUGGAUUCAGGUCUUUUUUUUUUUUUUUUUUUUUACGUCUUUACUUGGGUUUCAUAAAUGCAUUAUUGUAUAAGGGUUAUUUGUGAAGAUAAAUAUGACUAGAGCAUAUUCUUUAAAGUAAUAAAAAUAAAUCUCAUCUCA